AUGUCCCUCUCGAGUAAUGAAUUGGCCUCGCUUGUGCAACAAAACCCGGAGCCAUCGGAAUUUGAAAAAGAGUAUGAAAAAAUAGUUGAUAAAUAUUACAAGGCAAUCAAAAAGAAUAAAGAGAACGAAAAGAAAAUCUCUGCCCUGAAUGGCGAGCUUACGUUCUACCGAUCGCAGGAAUUGAAGAAUGACGGCGAAAAACCGCACCAAGAGAGCGCCUUCCGAUUUAACUCUGAAUUUCCGAUCCAGGAAUCCGAAUUAUGGGACCAAUUGUCAUGCCGUCAAAGCGAGCCAAGUUGUGAUGGGUUGAACGACCUUUUCAAAGCCUUAUCCAAUCUUGUCGAUGAUUUUGUAGAAAAAUUGCAGAUCGAAAUCAAUGCCAAUCCGCUUAUCCCACUCUCGCCUUGUUUUCAUGUCAUUCGGAAAUCAAUGGCAAGUAUUUUCGAAUCUACUUACUCUGACCUUUCCUUGGAGCUUAUCCUGCACAUGACCAAUUUUCGGUUUCCAAGCCAAAAUCUUGCGUCUCCUUUGUAUUACCUUUCAGUCCGCUUUUUAUCUUCCAUUUAUGAGCCAAUACUUAAAAAGAUUGUCGAAGACAUCAGCAAUUCAGAGAACGAAGACAUGGACAUUUUGUUCACAUCCAAGCUGAGUCUCUCUGAAGCAUCCGCUCUUUUAGGGAAACUUUCUGUAAUUACCAAGUCGAUACUGGGAUACAUAAGGGGGGAUCCCUUUUACGAAGAGUAUACCUUUUACGUUGAGCAAACUAUCAACCUGUCGUUACGGUUUGUUGUAAGGAUGGCUGUACUGUGGCCUUAUGUUAAAAAUGUCCUCUCAAAGCUCAACAAUUCGAGCAUCGUGCAAGAUUAUUUAACAGACACCUUUCUGAUCGAUUACGUGAUAGAGUCCUUCAGAACGCCCCGAAAAAUGUUCAACAAUUCAUAUUCUUCCAUCAUACAACAUUCGAUUUACGAGCUGGUUACCAAAUUGAAAUCUGUAAAGCUCAACAGCUCAGAAAAUGCGCUCCAAAUCUCCAAAAAAGCCAAGCAACGAGACACGUCUACGGAAGCUGCAGGCGCAAUUGGCUUGGAACCCGCCACCUCUUCAUCCUUUCUCGAUUCAACGAUAAUCCAAAAAACAGAGUUUCUUUUAACCAAGUGUGUCAGAAUAAAUACAAACAAAAUGCGGCUUCUACCGAUUGAUAUUUCGAAGCUUCCCGUUUUUAUUGUCAUCGAAAUGCUGAUGAACACAUUCCUUUCGUGCACCCAGCAGGAUCUGAUAUUCUCAAAUAUCAUCACAGAGGAUUCUUUGAGAGAAAAACUUUUUCAGCUCUCUGAAGCCACGAAGCCUUCAAAGCCUGUUUCCGAAAACCUGCAGUCUGAGGAUCUUUCUGCGCAAGUGAAUGACCAAUUGGAGCAGCAGUCUCCAGAGCAGAUCAAGGUCUCUAUUUUGUCUUCUCUUUCGGAUAAUAUUGUCCAAUGCACGCAAUCUCAAUUGAGAUGUCUUUCUGAAUGUCCGAAGGAAUAUUUAUUUUGGAUGCAAAUAGUAACGCGCCUCUCAACGGUUGUUGACUCCAUUGCAAAGAAGGACGCGGGCGAGGAUGCUUCUUUUGGCAAGGUUUUCGGAUACAUUUCAGAGUCGCUUUUGAAAUUUUUGUCUUUUCCUGGCUCCCUGAAUUCGGAACGCGUAACCCUUGCCUUGCUCUGGCUUCAUCACGAAUGGUACUAUAAAAGGUUCACUCGAUGUGACAAGCGUCUUGAAAAGAUCUUUAAUUUUAUAAUUUCAUCGUUCUGUGAUGAGGUGAAAUGCUCCCUUGUCGCCGACAAUAGCUACACAAAUUUAGAAGAUCAGUUUGAAAACUCAACACUGGAGAGUCAAGUGAUAAAGGACACGGUUGCCCUUUUGCUUGAAUCUAGAGAUGCAAAUCUGCUAAACCUUUCAUAUUUUUUGGCCCUUUCUCCAAUCGCGACGGCCAAUAUCCUUCAAAGCAAUCUGUACUCGGUUCUUUCAUCGGCCAUAACCAGCCACCACGAGACUUCCCCGCAAUUUGACGGAACCUUUCAACUUGGAGCUGAAGAAUUGUCAUUGCGGCGCCUGUGCUAUGUUCUCGGAGUAACUUGUAAGCUAUGUAAACUGAGACCAAAGGUCAGGUCCUUUUUGGUGCCUGUUUUGCUUCAAUUCCUGACGCACAGACAUAAAGGGUAUCGACACUUUUCUAUUCACAUUAUUUUGGAAAAGCUGAUGCCUUCACUGGAGGAUAAAAAUGAAUUCUUCCUGUUACUCUUGAAAGACUUUGCUUUAAACCAGCUACGGGAGCUAUCUCUGGACUCCACGAUAAUGGAAAAGUAUUAUGGACACGCCCCUGGCGAGGAGGUCAAAAAAGAACAAGAUUCUUCUGCCCGCCAAUGUGCCAGGAGCGCCAUUGAGGCCAAGUCUGAUCUCUUUUUUGCUCUCUGUAUGCGAUAUCCGUCGUUUCUGUGCUAUUUCUACGACAAUUGGCGUGUUUAUUUCGCUGAAGAUGUGAUUGAGGAAGGAGGUGUGGAGGGAAAGGCAGAGAGGGAUGGGGAGGGGCAGGGGGAAGAUGCGGGAAUUCAAGUUGACCAAGUUGAGGGGGAUGCUUCAACUCAUCGAAGGAAAAUGUCUCCCUUGAGACAGACAAUUUUAAACAUUUACAAUUCACAAAACAGAAUUGAGUUGGUUAAUAAUGUGCUUAGGGUUUAUCCGAUUGAUCAUGGCAAUCAUGGAGGUAAUCAAGACUCACCAACUUGGAACUAUGUUCAUGGUGCCGUUGCUUGGGGGCUUAGAAAAGGACCUGGUUUUGGAAUUUCUACCUCUUUUGAUUGUGGACGUCGAAAGAUUGCGGAGAAAGGAAUUUACGGAUGCAGAGAGCGAACUGGAGGGAAUUCAGAGCAUCCCAACGCUCAAGAACAUCCUUCUUGCAAUCCUCAACCCACUUUCGGUAGGAUCCGUCACACCGAUGGAAUUGCUAACUACAUUGCACAACCUUUACUCAACCAUCGACACCAAGCUUAUUGUAUCGGAACGUGUCUCUUUGAGCUCAAAGAGUCUUUCAAACAAGAAGUCGUCUUGUCUUCGCUUCAGUCAUUGAUCGACUCAAUUACACUUCCCCCCUCUACGGUUUUAGAUAUGGUGGCCAAUUUUGCCGUAUCGUUCAUGAAAAUGAUUCCUGUUUCGUUGCAGAUUGUCAUCCAGCUUCCGAAGGAGCAAUUGGCAGCUGCAAUUGCAAUGGAGCCCGAAUUGGGGUCUGCUUUGAAGGAAUUCUUCAAGCAGCAGCCCUCUUCAUUUAGGAAUAGAUUUUUGUGGGUCAUUGACCUACUUUCCUCUUCAUCCUGCAAAUCAUCUUCCCGCUCUUCAUCAUCCAAAAACACCAGUAAAUCAAAAGCUCAUUAA